AUGGCUCAAGUUUUGGAUUUCUGUCUGCGCUGUAACAACUUGAGUUGCCGCUCGGCUUUGGCGGAAAACGCUGUAGUUACCACUUGCUCCCAUAUAUUCUGUCUACGCUGCGCGAGCCAAGGGGGCUUAUCUCAGUCACAGAUUACGGAUCGACAAUGUCCAGCUUGUCAGUCAAGCCUCCCAAAUCCGGAUGAUGUGGUUUCGACCACCCUUACUCCGACAGAGGAUUACAAAACCAGUGUCUUGAGCGGACUCGAUCCCACUACCAUAAUAGAAUGUGCUGGGAGAGCUUUGUCCUUCUGGACGUACCAGGCGACACAAGAAAUAUUUUACCAGGAUCACUUGAGCAAGACGUUAAGAGAAAAAUGCAGUGUUAUGGGCAAACAGAUGGAUCAAAUGGCGCAUGACGCAAAUUCCGCUAUAGAGACUCUCCAGCGCCGGAUAUCAGAGCUUGAGAAUGGCCAGGAACAACUUCAAAAGAAAAACCAGGAGCUAGUCAAUGUGUAUCGGGAUAAAUGCAAGAAGCAUGCGCAGAUGACCAAUCUCUAUAAUUUACUGAAGAAUCGUGCCAUUAGGUCACAAAUCCGAACUGCCGUUUCCGAUACCGUUGCUCAGACACUCAAUUCAUACGGAGCUGCAAAUAAUACCCCGAGCACCGACCUGGAUUCACAGAGGCCUGCCGCGAGCUUCACUGUCUCCCGCAUGCAUAAUUUCAAUCAUUAUCCUAGGCAAAGUAAUGAUCACGACCCUCGAGUUAAGCGGCAACAUAAAGGGGCCUUUAGCCAUCGAGAUGGAAACAUGAUGCCCCCUCCUAUAGUAUCAGCAUCCCGAGUCAAACACACUCCCUACACCUCGGCAUCGUACCGGGCUGCCGCCUCAAAGCCACUAAUAGCCGCUCUCCGCUUGAUCAACAAGUGCCUAGAAGCACGUUUCGCAGUCCCCAGUAUCGAUCUGCUCUAUGUGAACAAGCCAGUCAAGUAA